AUGGUCCAGCAAGCCCUGAUCAAUGAUCUCAUAUCUGCAAUCCCGCAACCCGAUAACGCGGAAACAGAAUUACAGCAGAUCCAUUCCUUCUGGGACACCCCUGAACCAAAUCGAUCCGAAUCUGGAAAGGAAGACAUGGGUAUGGGCGUGGACGGGUUGGUUAGAAGUCCGACGAUCACAAUUCCUGCGACCAUCUCUACCGGAUGGGGAUACUAG